UGUUCGUCUGCGCACUGCUCUGUGUGCUGGGGGCUCUACUCAAGGGGGAAGCAAAAACUCUCUACUCACGUGUGUCUGUGGAGGAAGGAGGGACCCUCACUCUUAGAUGUGCAUUCCCAGGGAGUGACACAGCUCCGCCAUGCAGUGGCUCACACCAGGGGGAUAUGUGACUUUCUUCAGCAGUGAGAAAGUUUUGAAAGACAGAAGAUUCCAAUUAAUCAGAUCAUCACGGAAUAGGCUGAUUAUCAGUAUAUCCAAUAUUACCAUUGAUGACGAAGGCGUGUAUACAUGUUUACACUACAGCAUGCCAGUGAAAGCCAAGGAGGUCGAUGUUACUGUGUGGGCUACCCCUUCCCAGCCGGUCAUAGAUAUCGCUCAGAUUCCC